UUAUUAUUGUUGUUUUAAAUUUAGCUCGUAGGGCUUAGCUGUUUGGGUUUUUCUUUCGGUGUCUGGCCCCUGUCUCUUCGGCUUUCCCGGCGUAGCGGAGCCGAGGCCUCCGCCCGCACCCCUGGCUCCUGCGCCCCUCGUUCGCCUCCAGCCCGCGGGGAGCGCGGGCGCCGCGCCGCCUUUAAAGUGAGGCCAGGGGCCGUGGCGGUGACCGGCAGAGAUCGGCCCUCGCUCGCCUCCUCCCUCGGUGGCGCUAGGGCUCCCCCGUCUCUCUUCUUCAGUGAGGGCGGAGAAACGAAAGCGGAUCGUCCGCCACUGGGCCGCGCACCCCAUCCACUCACCCACUCCCCGGGUCCGGCGUGACAGCGGCUCACCCCGCCAGGAUGUUCGCAGCGGGACUGGCUCCCUUCUACGCCUCCAACUUCAGUCUCUGGUCGGCCGCAUACUGCUCCUCGGCCGGUCCUGGCGGCUGCUCCUUCCCCUUGGACCCUGCUGCCGUCAAGAAACCUUCGUUCUGCAUCGCAGACAUUCUGCAUGCCGGCGUGGGGGAGCCGGGGGCGGCUCCGGAGGGACUGGUGGGGGCCUCGGCCGCCGCCCUUACCGCGCACUUGGGCUCAGUUCACCCGCACGCCUCCUUCCAAGCUGCCACCAGAUCCCCGCUCCGUCCCACCCCGGUGGUGGCGCCCUCCGAAGUCCCGGCUGGCUUCCCGCAGCGGCUGUCUCCACUCUCGGCCGCCUACCACCACCACCACCACCCACAGCAACAGCAGCAACAGCAACCGGCGCAACAGCAGCCGCAGCAGCAACAGCCUCCGCCUCCACCCCGGGCCGGCUCCCUGCAGCCCCCGGCCUCGGGGACGCGGGUGGUCCCCCAUCACAGCGGCUCCACUCCGGCCCCUUCCAGCAAAGAUCUUAAAUUUGGAAUUGACCGCAUUUUGUCUGCAGAAUUUGACCCUAAAGUCAAGGAAGGCAACACGCUGAGAGAUCUCACAUCCCUGCUCACCGGUGGGCGUCCCGCAGGGGUGCACCUCCCAGGCCUGCAGCCCUCCGCCGGCCAGUUCUUUGCGUCUCUAGAUCCCAUUAACGACGCUUCUGCCAUCCUCAGUCCCUUAAGCUCCAACCCAAGAAAUUCAGUUCAGCAUCAAUUUCAAGACACGUUUCCAGGUCCCUACGCUGUGCUCACGAAGGACACCAUGCCCCAAACGUACAAGAGGAAGCGCUCAUGGUCUCGAGCUGUCUUUUCCAACCUGCAGAGGAAAGGCCUGGAGAAAAGGUUUGAGAUCCAGAAGUAUGUGACCAAGCCAGACCGAAAGCAGCUGGCUGCAAUGCUUGGCCUUACUGAUGCACAGGUGAAGGUGUGGUUCCAGAACCGGCGGAUGAAGUGGCGACACUCCAAGGAGGCCCAGGCGCAGAAGGACAAGGACAAGGAAGCAGGUGAAAAGCCUUCAGGAGGAGCCCCUGCUGAAGGCGAAGGUGAACCCGAGGAGAGGAGCCCCAGUCGCUCAGAGGGGGAGGCUGAGAGCGAGAGCAGCGACUCAGAGUCCCUGGACAUGGCCCCCAGCGACACAGAACGGACUGAGGGAGCUGAGCGGGCUGUGCACCAAACUACAGUUAUCAAGGCCUCGGCCGCUGGCGCCCUCAUCGUGACCAGCAGUGGCGGCAGCAGUUACAGCUUCGGUAGCGCCAGCAGCCUCAGUGGUAGCAGCGUCAGCGCGGGUAGUGCCAGCAGUCUUGGCAGCGGCAGCAGCAGCGCCUCGGAGUUGCUCCCGGCGCCUCAGCCCACAGUCAGCAGUGCUCCAAAAAGCCCCGAGCCCGUCCAGGCCCCGCUUGGAGGCUUAUAAACUGGAGGACCAACGGGACCCCGUGGCGCUGCGUGCUGCCUCUCAGACGUGGGCAGGAUUUUGUGCCUACUUUCUGUUGGUGGCUGGGCAGGCCAGAGACUAUGGAGCCUUGUUUUGCCGGUUCACAUAUCACCCCAGACUGCCCGGGCUGCCUGGGACCAACACCGCCCAGGAAAAGGAGUUUCAGCGUCCCCACCAAAUGCCCCCCAGUCGCUACUCAAACUCUUCUCCCGACACAAGCAGCUCGAACUGUGAAGUGUUUGAUUAAACUGUUCCUCCAGGCCCCCAGGGUUGUGGCAUAAGGACACGCUGCACUUAGGAAGCCUUCAAUUGUAAAUAAAAUGUUUCCUACAGUUUGUAAAGGCCGCUUAGCUUGCUGCAGGAUGAGCUGGAGCUGAAGUGGGGGAGGGGAGCUUGUUGAGACUAGGGCCUAGAGAGUUCAUCUAGCUCAGAAGUCAUGUAGUAGGUAGUAGUCUGUGGCAACAGCCACCAAUGAGCUCCACCACCCCCACAGUCCUGUGCAAGGCCUGAGAGGGGAGCAAGACAGAGAAUCCCUUGGGCCUGUUCAGCAGAUGGCUGGAUGGAAUGAGUAUGUGCCUUGGGCUCCAGGGAGUGCAGAAUUGGAGUGGAGAAGGCAGUGGUGCCAGGCAGGAUCAACCUAGGCACAGCUGUACUCAUUAGAAGCCCAACCUGCCAGGAUCUUUGCUCAGGGAUAGGCUAAGUAAAGGUACUGGGCAGUGUCUAUGAUGAGGAACAGAAAAGUUACAGAAGUGUGGUCUUCAGAGUGCCAGGGCCCUGGUUUUAAAGAUGCUAAAAUAAUGGUACAGCAAAGAGGCGACUUGUUGAACAUUCAGCAGAGGCAGAUCCCAAAUCAGAACCUGGAGCUCCUGGCCCUCAUUUGAAGCCAGUGAUGAAUCUCGGAAAUUACACCCACCAUCCCUCCCUGCUACCCAUACAAAGAUCUUUCAAAAUUCUUCUGCUGGAGGCACCCAGUUGAGGUCUUCUUUCUACCUUUUACUGCCCUCAGGAGUUAAAGAGGCAAUUUCCUGCACUCAGCUGCAGUUGGAAAAGAGUGAAGUGAUUUCACCUUGUUGCUACUACUAGGAUGGGGUCACUCAAGGUUUUUUUUUUUUAACCAAAAGGUCAGACCCCUUUCUAAGACCAGUCCUCCCCUGCUUUUCUUCCCUGGAAACUACAAAGUGUGCAGAAAUGGUAAAUGUUCUUUGGGGAGAUUUUGAAGCAAAAAGAUGUCAUGAACAAAUUUUGUCACUGAGUGAGGUGGGUGGGCGGUCAAGGGCACAAGACCUCUCAUAAAUCCUGCAUUCAAUCCUGGGAGCCAUUUGUCUGGCCAAGGUGAGGUGGAGAGAUGUUGAGGUCAGAGAGCCUAGGACACACUCCAGUCCCCUGGCUGGAAUUAGAAGGUUCCUGGUUGUUCCUGUGUCUUGCAGCUUGCUUAAUUUCUUCCCUCUUUUGACUCAUUCCCUGGGGCUCCUUGCCUGGACCCUCGCUAUGGAGUUCUGUCUCAGGGAUAGAACAGAGGCCAAUGCUUAAGUAAGUCCAGGAGCCAGUAAGCACUGAGAUGAAAAAUAGGCUAUUCUCUGCCCUAGCCAACCUCCCAAGCUGCCAGAGGGACCCGAAACCCUCUUGGGAAGAACACAGCAACCUGGUGUUCUGAGUAGAGAACUGCCCUCAAGGGACCCUAACUUAACUGGGAUGAGAGUUACCUGUUAUCCUUGUUGUUCCACAAGUUUUUUUUUGAGGGGGGGCACUAGCAAGGACACCCUCAAGCAGCUGCCCCAGGCAGAGCUGGAAUAGUUUCCCCAAGCCUUCCAUGGGCUGUCUCUGUGCCUCAAUUUUGCCUUCCUUAUAGAGAUUCAUUUCUUUUAACUCCACAAAUGUUGAAAUUCUAGAACCAGAACAUCGAAUUUUGAGGCAAUUAUACCCAGUGCUGGUGUUGGGACGCAAAACAGUGGGAGCAGAGCUGGGAGGGGGAGGAAAGAGGAAGGCGUUGGUGCUUUAUGCACUCAAACAGUACCUAUCUUGGCUGUUUUCCAGGCGCCUGCUGUCUCCAAAUCCCCCCUGGCAUUUCUUGGUCCAUCGCCCCCGGGGUGGGGGGGGCUUAGAAAUCAGGGAAUCCAUU